AUGGACGGUUUGAACGACUAUAGAACGACGAGAGUAGCCGAAGUCCUCUCCGAUUUCCGCACUUUACAAUACUAUAUCGCAGCAGCACCCACAGACCCCAGCAACAUGGAGGACUACUACACAGAAGGUUGGGCGGCUUUGCGCCAAUGCUCCCUUGACGGGCAGCACAUUCUCAACUGCGCCGCCGACACCAGCGUUCCGCAAGCAAGUGGCGGGACCCUUGAGCAGGAGAAGGCGGAGCUGAGGCAGUAG